UUUUUCUUUAUUAUUUUUAAUAUGGAAACGCUUGUUUGUAAUUUUCAUUCAGCACACACAAAUUCAUUUAUUUCAAGGAAGACCCCUUCUUCUACAUUUCUUACUCGCCAGGUCCGCAUCAGCUUACCCAGUAAUCGGAGCUCCGCCACCUUAACACUGAGGGGAAUGGCUGAUUCCACCCAAAACCCAGUUCUUAAGCAGCAGAAGGUUAUAAUACCAAACAAGCAUGGCGAAAAAAUCGUGGGUUUAUUACACGAUACUGGAUCUAAGGAGAUUGUUGUCUUAUGCCAUGGCUUCCGUUCCACAAAGGAACAAGAGACUAUGGUGAACCUUGCUGUUGCAUUAGAAAAUGAAGGAAUUAGUGCUUUCCGUUUUGACUUUGCUGGAAAUGGAGAAAGUGAAGGUUCAUUUGCAUAUGGUAACUACUGGAAAGAGGCUGAUGAUAUUCGUGCUGUAAUUGAACACUUCUCCGGAGCAAACCGUGUCACAAGUGUGAUUCUUGGCCAUAGUAAAGGAGGUGAUGAUGUGCUCCUAUAUGCCUCAAAAUAUCAUGAUAUCGGUGCAGUUGUCAAUAUUUCCGGUCGUUAUGAUCUCAAUAAAGGGAUUGAGGAACGAUUUGGGAAAGACUUCAUGGAAAAAAUUAAGCAAGAUGGAUUCUUUGAUGUAAAGAACAAAGCAGGAACUAUUAUUUAUCGGAUUACGCUGGAAAGUUUGAUGGAUCGCCUCAACACAGAUGUACAUAAAGCUUGUCUUCAGAUUGAUAAAGAGUGCAGGGUCUUCACUGUCCAUGGAUCUGCUGAUGAAAUCAUUCCUGUGGAAGAUGCAUUAGAAUUUGACAAGAUCAUACCUAAUCACAAAUUACAAAUCAUAGAAGGAGCUAAUCAUUCAUACACGUCACACCAAGCUGAGUUAACAUCUGCUGUUCUGAAUUUUAUAAAAGAAAUCUUGCAGUAGGACAAGGGUACCCCCAGCUAGGUAUUUACAGCUGAUGAUAUGUAUUCAGAGACUGGCGAAACCUACAUUCUAUAACUGAGAAAUGUUUGUAGUUAGAAAAUGUAAUUGAUGACAAGUAUUGUUGUAAGCAGGUUGCACAUGGUAGAACCUAGCAUGUAAUAAGAAUUGUUGAAGUCAUGAUGCACUCAGUUUAAUUUGAAAUUAGAAGUAAGACUGUAUGGCAUUAAAAUUA